GCAAAAAAAAAAAGUACGAAAGAACAAUUUUUUAUUGGGAAAAAGGGUAAAAAAGAAGCAUUGUUCUCUUUCUAGUUUGAAUGGUAAAGGCAGUCAAAGGCGUUUUAUUAGAGUGUGAUAGCACCGUAAAACAAAUUGUAUUAAAUUUAAACAAAAGAGGCAAUUUUGUUAUUGAAGACUUGGACGACACUCAUUUAUUCAUUGAAUCUUCUUGGGUCGAUCAACUCAAAUACGAAUUAGAUAAAAUCUUGGACGAGAAUUCAUAUACUGUCACAACCACUUCUGACGACAAGGACGGCAAGAAAUAAACAACUUACACACGCAUUUCGAAUAACCAAAACACACACACACACACACACACACACACACACACACACACACUCAUUUAUAUUAACCAACAAAAAAAAAACUCAACAAAAAAAAACAACUUACAAUGUCAAUGAAAACCAAACGUAUAUGUCCUGUUUGUCAAACAAACAAAUUUAGAAAAUCCUCAGACUCAGGCCUUGUCUGUAAAUACGGUCAUAAAGUCCUGGGUGUCCAGGCAGAACAAGCAGAGGAUGAUCAGGUGGGCCACAUCGGUUCCAGAAGAAAAAUCAUACCCAAAGCUGAAAAAUUCAGCCUCGAAUCCAGUCCAGCCCAACAAAGGAGUGACUUUGUUCUCGUUGUCCAAGACACCCUGCAAGUGCUCUCAAAGUGUCUCGUACACGACUUUAACUUCCCGCCCGAACUGGAAGCCACCUUGCGUGAAUUAUGGCUCUUGUAUCUCUCAGAUACAAAAACUCAACUGGCCGAAGCCUACCUGUUUGAAGCCCUCGAAAAGGAUACAGUCAAUACGCAAAAGGACGCACAGAAGGAUAUUUUGGAGAAAUUUGAAGAAGUCUUGGUCGAAGAGUUUCGCGAUGACGAUGACUCGGAGGAGGAUGACAUCGAAUUCGAAAGAAUCGGCUCUUCCAGAAUUCAGUGGCCCAAACUCAACUUUGCAAGCACAUUGGUAUUUAUUUACUUGGCCUGUAUCUACCUCAACUACCCCAUUCUUCCCAAUGAUCUGAUACGUUGGUGUCAAUCGGGUGAUCUUCCUUUUCUCGCAAUGCAAGAUCACAUCCCGCCAGAGACACUGGCUUCUUUUAACUUAUAUUAUACAAACCAAAUGAGACACGUUCCUUCACCAACCAGCAUCAGAAACCGUGCUUUCAUCUUUUCCAGAUGUUAUCAAAGCAACUGUAAAUUGGUUUUUCCUGACUUUAAUAUACCGCUUUAUCUCGAUCGCUUUUGUGGACAAUACUUUUUCUCGCCAGACGAAUUUUUCAUGGCUCAGUACAUCUUUGAUUCCUACCGAUCUCGAUAUAUUAUGGGCCAUUCGGUUCAGAAUCGAAGACACAACCAGAUACCCGUCACUACCUUUUUAAUGGCGAGUGUCGUCGCAACCGUAAAAAUCGUCUAUGCUAUUGGUGACAAUCGUCCUGAGACGUUAUUAAGUCAUAGUGCAUUCGACAAGACAUUGAGCAAGGAAGCUUAUUUAAAACUUAUCAAGGAAAAUGUAAAGCGCUGGAAGAAGUUGUAUAAAGAGCAAGAUGAGUUGGAUAACGUUAUAGACUAUAUUCAAAAAACAUCUGUGGCUUCAAGAAUUGGUGCCCCUGUCCGUGAUAAGAAUGUGGUUGUAUUGAAUUUGAUGGAUAAAACAAUGAACAGUCGUGCCACGAGUCAUCAGACCUUGGACACACCCUUUAUGGAUCCAACGAUUUUAAAAACAGAAGAAAAGAAGGAAGAACAGACAGAUGAGACGAACGAGAUCGGAUUAGGACAAGUGUUUUAUCGACAAACGUCUGGAGCAGGGACGCCUGAUUAUCUCGAUGUAUUAGAACUAGCCACCUUGGUGACAGGAGAAAUCAUUGGCGACAAUAUGAAAAAUGCCAUUCACAAAAUCGAUGUGGAUAUCAUUAACAAUAACCCCCAUCGUAUGAUCAAUCGUGAUGUAUAUGUUAAAUUAUUGGGAUGAAAUAAAUAAAAAAAAAAAACCCCUCCCUUCUUUUUUGAUAAGGAGUCUUUUUUUUUUUAAAAAAAAAAAAAAAUGCUGAGGUUAUUCAAAUCGUAGAAUCUUG